GCACCGAAGCAUUGUCCGUAGAAGUAUCAAGUACCAAUUCGGACCCACGAGAAACAUGUCGAGUAGAGGAGCCGACUCCCCGUCACCAGCCGAUGACAUUGGCAUUGCUUUCCCGGAGUGCGACCGCCUCCACCGGGCCUUAUCAGAUUGCCACCGGCGGAUGCCGGCGGGUCCAUCUCGGCAGGCGGCAUGCCGCCUCCUGAAUCACUCUCUAGCCCAGUGUUUAGUAGCGGUAGCUUGUCCAAAUGAAUCAGAAGCCGUCCGAAACCUCUGCUCCAGCGGCGGCACCGCCCUCAAGCGCCACCAGUGCCGGCAGGCUCAGCAAUCUCUCGCUGUCUGCCUCUCCUCGCGUCAGCUUCAAGAAUCCUAACUUCCAAAUUGAACUCUGCAGAAUUCUCCAUCUUCCAUAAUCGUCUUCUUAAGGUUACUGUUAUUGAGCUUUCACAUUUUCUAGAAUGAUUUUUGAGUUGUUGGUCAUUUUUAUCCAUUCUUGAGGAAGAAUUCAGUUUGAUGUAUCAGGUUAUACUUGCAGUUUAUGGUAUCUAUAUGACGUAGUCUACAAUUAAGGGUUGUCUUUUGGCUUGCCAAGAUUGUUAUGGACUUUGAUAUUUUUGAGCUCGUGUCUUGCCAAUCUUCUUUUUAGUGUUAUAGUUGCCUUAUUACAACAGAAACUGCAUUCCUUUCUUUUUUCUGGUCAUCUGCCGAUGAAGUUUACCACCUAAAUGGUCUACCGCUACCAGUCUAUGACAAACUAUUAAGGGAUGAUAGCUCUGUAUUGAUUAUUGAAGUUUGAGUUUGGAACUCGAGUUUCUUUUAUCGUUUACAAUGAAGAACUGGUGCCAACCUCGUUAGGAUUUAUCUGAACCUUUGAAACUGGAAGACGAGACUGGGAAGAAUGUAUUUGUGGAUUAAGUUUGUCACUUUUUAAAUAUUUUCUUAUUUUUGUUACCAGAAUAGUGCUCUUUAAGAAUUUCCGGGAUUGAAAUUUACUCUUGUUGUACCUUUGGUGAUAGACAUUCAAGUCAUCUGAGGCUUUUAGUCUUCUAUAUUUCAGAUAUGGUUAACUAUGCUCUCAAUUUGGCUUGGUCAAAUUAGUUGUACAUGUGUGAAUUCUACAUUUAUCCAAUUUCUGCUCUCAUUCUUAUGGGAUAAUAA